CUCAUGCUCGCCGACCUCGAUGACCAGCUCUAAAGGGACAUGCUUGCGUGACAGUGUGAAUGCUGAAGGCUGCUCGAAACUCAGCACUCUUCUUGCGCGUUUACGAGCCUACAGCCGUGUACUGAUCGCGACGUCUGCGAAAACGCUCAGAAUGACGUCGCUCUAACGCUGUGAUAAGCGUGAUUGAACGACCUGGAUUUCCAAUCAAUCACGGUCUCGAUCAUUGUCUUUACGAACACCGACUCAGGCAUUUCGAUUCGUGCAACAUAUAAUCACAUAGCUAUACGAAAGUGCCUCCCCGCGCGGCCGUCAAGUACCGUAGCAGCGAGAGCAGCAGCUGUUUCUACGAUGGCUGACUGCAAUUUGAUGUUCCUCUUUCACUUGAGCUUGCUCGUGAACGUGACGCCUUUGUCCAAAGCCACGAAUAAUUUUCCAACAUACUGCGAGACCGGCAUCCCUUUGUCUCACGGUCGAAAUGAGAAGCCGGAUAUGGGUAAGUACGCAGUUUCCAUUGUCAGGUUCAUUUUCUCAUGGCUUCAUCUUUCCAUACAUCUCCACCGCAGCUCCAUGAAGACGCUCGGCUCAUCGUCUCAAUACACUUACGAUGGGUAAUAUAUCACGCUUGGCUUGCUUGUUUGCACUUGCUGCAGCGAGCAUUGCAGACACAUGCAAUCCUGUAAACACUAGAUGUCAUCCAAACAUGGGACUGGCAAACAGUAGUU